AUGGUCACGAAAGUUUCCCUUAUUUUGGUCUUCCUUGCAAUUUUCUCUAUCAAUUUCAAAGCAUACACUGAAGUUGAUGAUCAAAAUGAUCACAACAAUGAUCCACCUCUCACCAACUCAGAGUAUACAAACUGCCUGAAUUUUGAUGCCUUGCCUUGUCUGAAUUCUUGUUGUGACAAGAAAGCCAAAAGUUCAGAACCAACAAGAUUAAAUAAGGAAGAAGAUAAAGAUGAUGCUAUAUCAACAAAGCCUCACAGAAGGUCAGUGAAGUUACACCUAAAGCGCAGGCCAAUCAAGGAUAGGAAUGAGCCUAAAACACAUGUACUGGACUCUACAAUCAAGGAUUUGGUCAGAAUUCAAACUCUUCACAGAAAAGUCUUAGUGAAAAACAACAUAAACAACAUGUCAAGGGUGAAGGAAGUUAAGGAGCAACUCCAACAGCAGAUCAAGCCAGUUAAUGCUUCUGUAGAAUCAUUGGAAUCUUCAGAAGAUGAGUUUUCAGGUAAGAUCAUGGCAACCCUUGAAUCUGGGGCCUCUCUUGGCUCAGGAGAGUACUUCAUAGAUAUGUUUGUGGGUACACCUCCUAAACAUGUUUGUUUGAUACUUGAUACUGGCAGUGACCUUACUUGGAUUCAAUGUGUUCCUUGUUAUGAUUGUUUUGAACAAAAUGGAUUCCGUUAUGAUCCCAAGGACUCUAGUUCUUAUAGGAAUAUAACCUGCCAUGAUCCCCUCUGUCAACUAGUUUCUUCCCUAGACCCUCUUCAGCCUUGCAAAGUUGAAAACCAAACAUGUCCUUACUUCUAUGGCUAUGCAGAUGGUUCAAAUACAAGAGGAGAUUUUGCAUUAGAAACAUUUACUGUGAAUCUAACAUGGCCUAAUGGGAAGGAAAAUUUCAAACAUGUAGUAGAUGUGAUGUUUGGUUGUGGUCAUUGGAAUACAGGCUUUUUUCAUGGAGCUGCUGGAUUGCUAGGACUUGGGAGAGGACCUCUCUCCUUUUCCACACAGAUGCAAUCUAUUUAUGGAAACUCAUUUUCUUAUUGUCUGACUGACUUAUUCAGCAACACAAGUGUCAGUAGCAAAUUGAUCUUUGGUGAGGACAAGGAGCUAUUGUACCACCCCAAUUUGAACUUCACUUCAUUGCUUGCUAGAGAAGAAAGUCCAUAUGAUACAUUUUACUAUCUUGGGAUAAAGUCCAUCUUGGUUGGAGGGGAAAUGCUCGAUAUUCCUGAACAAACUUGGCAUUGGUCAUCAGAAGGUGAUGGUGGUACAAUUAUUGAUUCUGGCUCUACCUUGACUUUUUCCCCUGGCCAAGCUUAUGAUGUUAUAAAAGAAGCAUUUAUGAAGAAAAUUAAACUGCAUCCAAUUGCUGAAGAUGGUUUUAUUAUGUCUCCUUGUUACAAUGUGUCAGGAGCACUACUGCAAGUGGAGCUACCUGAUUUUGGGAUUCAUUUUGCAGAUGGGGCCGUGUGGAAUUUCCCAGUUGAGAAUUAUUUCUACCAUUAUGAAUCAGAUGAAGUUCUAUGUUUGGCAAUAUUGAAAAGUCCUAAUCAUUCUUCUCUCACAAUUAUUGGAAACCUACUGCAGCAGAAUUUUCACAUUCUGUAUGAUACAAAGAAGUCUAGGCUGGGAUAUUCCCCUAGGAGGUGUGCUGAGGUUUAG